AUGGGAAGUGGCACAUUGUACAGGGAGGCCGAGUUGCAACAUGAAUAUUUUAAGCCAUACUGCUUGCAACUCAUCAUACAUGUAAUCCUCUCACAACGUGCGUUGGCAAAAUCCUUAAAUGGAAGAGCUGCCUUAACUAUCUUCUACAAGGUCCAAGAUUGGAUGUGUUUGAAAAGUACGUCAGCAAGCGAAGGAAGCCCUAGGGGUGAGACCGAGGAGGAAGACUGGGUUAAGAAGACAGUGAGUUCUGACAACGACUUCUGGCAGAAGUUGCAGCCCCGUAUACAAGCUGCAGUCAUGAGUGAGAAGAUAACAAGGCCCGAUUUGGACUAUCCCGGCCUACUAGAGCAAAGGAAAACAGCGUUACAGAAGCUGCACCCCUUCUAA